AUGGUAGAACAAAAUCUGGUUCCGUAUGACAAACAUAAACGCGAAUACAAAGCGCCGGGAAUUUCAUUAGAGAUACUCAACCCGUUUCGUCGAUUGAGAAUUAAAUUUAGAGGAUAUGUCACAAAAAGGGGAUCAAAUAAAUUGGUUUUCCUCAAAAUGAGACUCUUAUGGAUAGCCAUGUCUAAUGUGUUUGACUUUGAAUGCGAUCACAAAAGAGAAUUCAUUGAAAGCGAACUCAAAAGUAAUUCAAAGUUGAAAUCAUUGGAUGAAAUAAAGUUUGAGAAUAGAUUUGAACAAAUGGGACAAAUGAAGGGCACGUUUCAGGCGGACGAUCGCGACGAAGAGAAACUAAAGGAUGGGUAUUUCAUAUGGGAUCAGUUGUGGAUCCAUCCCAAGGAAUCAGUUAUAGAUAUGGGUUUGGCUUUUGGGGAAAAUGUCUUAUAUUUCCGAUCGACAGUCUCUCAGAUAUUCAAAUAAAUGAAGGAUUGCUUCGAAAAGAUUCUCAAUUUAAGCUCAAUAUAAUCGAUAAA